GUAAUGUACAUAUACCGAAAGUUGGGCAAGUCUGAACAAGUAUAUCGGCAAAUUUGAGAACAAGAAAGCUAUAACAACCUCAUAAUUCGGAACACUAGCACGUGUCAAUUGAAAGCUAACAACCUUUUUUUAAUGUUUUGAGUAAUUAGUAUCUUAAUUUCUUUUGUCUUUUCUUCCCACGAUUAGUUAAUUACAGUAUCAUUGUUUGAAAGCUUGAAGAAAAUAUGGCAAGCCCAGCUGAAAACUCAGACCAAACGUUUCCAUCAGCAGAUCUUGCUGGGGAAUUGAAUCCUGGGAAUAAUACUCAGGUUCACGUUGAUCCUAUAUCUUCUGAGGUUGCUGCCACCAAGGAAAUUAAGGAGCAAGCUGCAGCCAAACAGAAGAAAAAAGAAAUAGAAAAGAAUGAAUGUUUGGAAAAACUAAAAUCAGCAAUCAUAAUUUCAGGCAUAGUUGUGGCUUUGGUAGGAGCAGCAUUUGCCAUAACCAAGAAAUUAAAAGAGAAAUGAUAUCCUACAUUCCUCAACACAUCAUUUAUAGAUAUAUUCUCUUCUAUAUUUGUUUUAACUCUUGUUGUAUUUAUUAGUUCCCAUACUUUCUGGUUUUGGGUUCUCAAAUAAGUCCCCACCACCUCAUACUAUUUAAUAUGUUUUUUUUAAA